AUGACAGAAUCAAGUGCUUCAGUAAAUUCUGGCGAGUUGACUGUAAAAGGUGUCGUUGAUUGGGCAUCAUCUGUUUUUGAGGAUGAAGACAAAGAAUUCACAUAUUCCUGUCAACUCGAAAGAAAUGCAAAGAGAUCAGAGAGGCAAGAGAAUGUAGAAGACAAGGAGACUGAUCAGCCAAUCUCUAUAAAGGAUGCUCCUCACCUUAACAAGGAGGAAAUAAAGAGUGAAUUUCCUAUAUCACAAAAUGUCGAAGAAUUUAAAGAGCCCACAGUAAAACUAGACAGGCUGCCUGAAAAUGUAUCCUUGCCUACAGACUCAGGAUACUGUUCUGCAGCGAAUUCCCUGGAUAAGUCAUUAAACAAUGAAGAGCAACUUUCAUCUUACACUGGUGACAAUAAAAAUAGCAGCCAUACUUUCCGAAGAACAUCAUAUCCGUUACCUUGGAUGUAUAUGCAUGAACUGCCUGAGAAUAUGAGGAUUGAAUGGCUGCGAGUCUAUUCUUUUGCGACCUUCUCCUCUCAGAAGAUAUCAAAUUUUUUGUUAGCUAAACAUGGCUUUUAUUUUGAUAAAGAUAAAGGCAAAAUUCAGUGUUUCGCUUGUGAUAAAAGUUACAAGUGGGAGGAGCUUGAAAAUACAGAGGACUGCAAUGUCAAGUUGAAGACAUCCCUGCAUGAGGACUGGUGCCUGAUUGCUGAUGGCAAUGUCCCAAUACACCCAUCUCCAGUCAAUAGUCUAGGAAUUUCUGAAGGUUUACCAUCCUGCAACAAAAGAAAAUUUAAGGAUGAAGGGAGGAUUAUCACCUGCCUUGAAUUAUGUGGCUUGAACACAUUUUUUGUGGAUCAAGGAAAUAUGCUGAAAGAAUUCCCUGUGCUCAUUGAUAAAUAUGAAAACUACAAUUCAGGAGAUGGCUCCAUUAAUCCAUUCCAAGUCAUACUAACUAUGUUGAGGAAAGGAGAGAGAAACUCUGCCAGAGGAAUGAGGGAGAUUCUUUUGCAGACAAAACUGAUAAAACCAAGUGAAACAACCAUCAAUCAGAUUCAUUUUGAAUUGAUAAGAUUUGUAUGUGAACUGAUGAAGGGAAAGAUAAUAGUCAAAGGAAAAUGUGGAUGUCCAAAUGAAAUAGUGAACAAAGAAGAACAGAUUUUUAUUAGGUAA